CCCGCUCCUACUGUCUUCCCCUCAAAGCCACCCCAUUUCCCUCUCGUUCGCGCACCAAAACCCGACCAUAACCACGGCAACUCCGCCCCCUCCUCCUCCCCCCUUCAUCUGUCGACCCCACCGCCGUUAGCACGCGUCGGAUCUGGGCAUUGGACGUCGGUACGCGGCCCCGACGGAUCUACGCGGCGGCGGCGGCCAGGGAGGAGCCGCGGCCGAGGCAGCGGUGAAGAGUUGUUCCAGGCGGCGACGGGUGGAGAUCCUUCAGCGCAGUGGGACGACCAGAGUCCAGAGCCAACCCAACCCAACCCCUAGAAGAAAGAGGUUUCGUGCUGAAGAUUUGUUGUUCCCACGCGGCAACGGGCAGAGACACAUCGACCCAUCCCGAACCAACACGGAUAAGAGAGUAAACCUAAGGUGAAGACUGAAGGCGUGCUAUUUGUGACACAGCAAAAAGACAAGGAAGAUCUGUGGGUUAUCCUUCCUUUGCUCCACCGCCCCCUGCCUCCCCACGCCUUUGCCUUUGCCACCAGCGGCUCUCUCAGAUGGCUCGCAUGACCAAGACCAAGGCCAAGGCCAAGGCAAAGGGCGCAAGCAAUGAAACAAAGCACACCAACAACACAGAGUGGCAUGAAUCUGAAAAGGAUUAUGUUUCAUUCGAUCUCGAUCUUCGCCCAGAGUAUUACGAAGAAAGUCACAGCAAGUUGAUGGAUGCUAUCAUAGCUCUCCUAGAGAAGGAGGCGAAUAACGAGAACAAGGGACUGCCUAAAGGCGAGCAAAAGCCGACCAAGGUUAAUGGAAGGGUGUACACGGCAGCAGGUGGUGCAUUUUUGGUACGCCUGCUGCUGGAUGAUCCUAAGAAGGAGGUUGUUACCCUUCUGUAUGGUCUGAAGGAUCUUUACUUAAAAGGAUGGAACGUGGGAGCCAUUUGGUACCUAAUGAAAGAGCUUGAUGUGGCUUUACCGCCAAGUACACAGGUGGCUUUCAAAACAAAGACCAUCACUUCAAGAAAAGGAAGGAGACACACUGUCAAAGACGGAAUCCAUUUCCUCAGCUGGUCCGGCAGCUACCUCUCUUUAAGUGGAGGCAAGUUUCAGCCAUUCUUCUAUAAUGCUUUUGGAAAAGCCAAUGACAAGCUUCGUGAUGCUGGGAAUCUGGUGGCAGACGACCAAGAUUCCGAGCUCCAACCUUCUGUGGCGCUGUAUGCCAUUAAAUCUGAGUGUGUUCGGUUCCCGGAGAUCGAGUCCUCAGUGAUUGCUAAUACAACCGACCCUCUGAACAUCAUUGAAGCGCCACUCGACAAACAUCUCAUAAUAAGGAUGGAUCAGUGGGGUACUGGAUCAGUAGCUUGCUAUGGUGCAAACCCACCAGAAUGGGUUAGGGUUAUCAAGAGAGACCUGACAUCACACUUACGAUUGAAGGUUGAGCCUCUAUAUCGAAAAAAGAAGAACCAAGCUAUCGUGCAGGAGGUGGAGGAGCCAGUGGCGCUCGUGCAGGAGGUGGAGGAGCCAGUGGCGCUCCGGGAGACCAUCCAAGGAGAAGGCAUCUGUCUGAUGGAGGGCUUGAAGGGCCGGAAUCGCUUUGUUGAAAGCUUUGUGCCAGACAAGUCUUUUGCUGUGAGAGUCAAAGUAAUAAGGCUGCCGGACACUUUGAGUGAGACUUUGGAGGAGCAUGAAGUGGUUGGAGAAGCAAGUCUGUCAGACUGUGAGGUUGCAACCAAGAAGAGGAGACAGAUGCUUUGUGCCGUUGGGAGGGAAGUGCAAGCUGCUUCCAAGCUGAUGAGAAGAAAGCUGCUGAGGUACCGCAAGACCUUGCCUGGCUUGCUUUGGCAAGUGCAAGCUGUUUUCAAUCAGGCGAUGAGAAGGAAGCUGCUGGGUUACCGCAAAACUUUUGAGUGGCUACAUGCAGCACAUGUGUGCAUUUGGUGGCCCGAAUGUGCUGCUUGCUUCAAGUAGUGGUGUGACCUUCGACAAGCCACCAACAGUGGCCGCAUCUCAUCAUGAUACACAAGAUCCACCGUGCAAAGGAAAACUUGUGCCUGCAUCUCAUGAUGUGUCGAGAAGGUUAGGUUUCUUGGGUGAAAACACCGACAGUGGCAUUGACGAGUAUGCUGCAGCAGUAUGGAGAAGCAUUAUUCUUGGUUUUCAGCGAGCGACGAGCUCAGGCCCGCUUUGUGGUGAGGCCCUGUGGGGUUUAGGCUUUAUCAUUGAGCCAUAUGCAUUUGAUGGACAGUGCAUGGACAUGACACAUGGUGAGGAGAUAGCAAGGACGGUGGAGCAGGCAUGCUGUGAGGCGGUACUUCAAACCAAUCCGAGGGUGUGUGAGAUGGUGCACUGCUGCUUGAUAGCUGCUCCUCUACAUCAUCUCUGUAAUGUUCAAGACAUCCUCCACGAGUCCCGAGGUUUACUCCUAAUGGCUGAAGGUAAAGGCAGCGAGGAAGACGACUACUCGUGGUGGAUGGUGCAUGCGGAGCUGCCCGCUGCUGAGGUCUCCACGCUCGAGCAGAAGUUGAGGAGAAGGACAUCAACUGAAGUGAACGCGCUUACGUUCUUCAGUCACUGGGUGGUCAACCCCGGAGACCCAGAGCUACAGGGCUUGGCGGGGCAACUGGUUGAGCGUGUCAGAAGCAGGAAGAAGCUCGAGUAAUAAAGACGAAGACAAAGUGCACCAGCGUCAAGGGCCAACUGGAGGGUGGUGCGGCAUCCAGUGGUACCUACUAGCACGUCAGCGGCAAGGGCGCCAUCACGGAAGAGUAGUAGUGCAUCUAUUCAUUCAAUGGUUGGGCCUUUGUAUUACACUGUUUGCUGUGAUGAUAUCCAGCCAAACGUGGCCAGCGUGUAAAACCUGAAGCACUACGGGAAGAACGAAUGCUUUGUUUUUUGCAUUUUCUGUUUUUUUUCUAGCUGUUUGAUGACUGCAUGUUGUGGUAUUAUGAAAACUGCGUCCUUUGCAGCA